AUGGAGAACAAUAAACUAAGGAGUGAUGACGAAGACAUCUUUACGGAUUACUGCAGACCCGGUUUAUGUAAAUAUAUGGGUGGUGAUGGAAUGCACUCUGGAUGUCGUGAUGGUAUUCGUCAUAAUGGUAAAUUUCAAUAUCCACCAUGUCCUGAUAAUGCAGAGUUAAUACCACUAACAGAUUCGGAUAAGCAAGAUAUAUUAGAUUUUCACAAUGAACAACGGAAUUAUGUUGCCUGUGGUGGACUCUACAAGGAGUAUGGCAUCAGACCCGGUUGUCGUCAUGGCGUUGUGACUUGGGAUAAGGAACUGGAGAAAACUGCCUUUCUUCAUACCUCAUAUUGUACGUUUGCUCACGACAAGUGUCGUAAUACUCUCAAAUAUCCGCUUUCGGGACAAAAUCUCGGAAUAAUGACAUACGUUGGGAAGCAUCAUAAUGCUACAGCAUACAUUAAUGUGCUUUCAUAUUUGUGGUAUGUUGAAUAUAGAUUAACUGAGAUGCCUAUGAUUGAUAGUUUUUAUCAUCAGACUAAAGUCAUGGUAGGACAUUUUUUGACUUCAUUAAAUGAGCGCAAUAAUCGUGUGGGUUGUACUUUUGCUAAAUUUUAUUUUGCCGAGAAGAAAAAGGAAGCUGUUAUGCUGUCUUGUAAUUAUCCUACGACAAAUAUCGCCAGAGGAACAAUAUAUAAUAGCUGUAAAGUGCCUGCAUCAAAAUGUACUACGGGUACUGACCCGAAAUAUAAGUUUCUGUGCUCAACAAAGGAAGAGUAUGAUGUUUCGGGUAGAUUAAACUUGAUUCCAUAUGAUGGCGAUGGUACUGAGGUAUUUGACAACUGUGGCAGAAGAGCAGAGAUGCUGCAUUUGGAGAGAGAAGGAGCGGAUGAUGUACGAAAACAAGAUAAACUAGCAUAUCCAGAGCAAACAACAACGGUUGGGAAACCGGAAGGAGCUACUACGGCGAAACCUACAGUAAAACCGAUUGUAGUAACUACAAAGAAACCCAUUGAUAAGCCGGUAACUACAGGUAAAUCACCAGACCUAAGUAAUUGCGGAAAAACCGAUCGUAUUUACUACAAUAAAACCGAGUGUAGUUCCAGAAUGAAAGGAAAAAUUAUAUCGUCAACUGAAAUGUAA